AUGUGGCGUCUCCAGUGUGCCCUACGCGACCUGCCGACAACAGCGCGCUCUAACGCGGACGCCGAAAGGGGGAGGCGCGCCUUGGCACGUCCCUACUGCGGUACGGCUUCCCUCCUGCUCGACGUGGACCACGGCAGUGGUCAAUGCAGUGACGUCUGCCUCCUUGAGGCCUCCCUUGUGCCUGGUGGAAGGCUCUUAGCGUUGCACCUCGAGGAGGAGCGGGCAGAACUGCGGGAGGCGCGGCCGUUUACGUCGUGCUCUGUCUCACCUCACACGAAUGCGCACGCGGCACAGUUGCGUCUUGUCUCAUCGGCGGAUGUGCAGGGUUCGAGUUGCGAGGAGGUGGGAGAAGAAGGCUCAUCGCAACAACGCCUGCCGCUCUAUUUGCACACGAGUUCCUGGCGCUGUGUUCACUCAACACCGCUGCUGCCAGAUGAAAACUGUGAGCCGCUGCUGCGGCUGCGACGUCACGGCGACGUUGAACCCACAGUAUCCGUUCUCUCGCAUGACGCCGUGUACCAGCUCCAGUUGGACCCCUUGGAGAGGACCAACUUCUUUAGUUUUGGCAGCACCGUCAUCAACGCGACGUCGAUGGAUUGCUGGGGACCACACUCCGUUGUGGUUGGUUUUUCCUCCGGAGAAGUUUCUCUCCUGGACUGGCGUGAUCCGAGCGGAGGCCCACUGUUGAGUACAUAUACUCCCCAGACAACCUCGACAUGCCGAACGGCUCGGGGACGAUAUGGGGCGACUCCUCCACGCGCGGGCAUUAUGUCAUGCUGCGCCUUGGAGGACAGCUUCCGCGUUGUCUGUGGCCUGGGUGACCCUUGCGGCACGGUUGUUGUGACGGACUUGCGCAGGGCCGUGACGGCGUCCCACGCGGCGAGGAAGCGUGGACGACGUUCAGCAGCGGAGGAAGCGUGGAAGGCCGUCGUUGCCGGCAGCCUCUCCAGUCCCACCUCUUAUCCCAUAAGCGACAUGAGGCACUGCCGCGCGAACUUUGGGGCGAUCGGGAUGGUGGACACAGGUGGCACAAGCAUCCUGACUUCCAUUGGCGCGUUGGAGGCCGGAUUGAGGAGCGUGCGGCGGAGGCAGGGGGGUGCUGCGAAGCGAGACAGUUUCCCGCCUCAUGCUUCGCCUGCCGGGCGCAACGGUGGUGGCGGAACGCUCACGCACUCCCGAUCUCUGCGGUGCGACGUGUCUCCGGAGGGCCGCUUUGUGGUAAGCACGGGGGUGGAAAAGGGCUCCAUCGCGAUAGUGCCGUGCCAAGGGCAACGAAACGAGCUUCAACUAAACGCGGCGGCGCAUCAGCAACUAGGCAAAGACCCCUUCACCUCAGUGGCGUUUAUGGGCUCCACAGUCUGCGCGCAGACAAGGCGUGGAAACGCCCUCUGCGCCACCCUCCACCCACGAUAG